AUCCGGCAGGUCGCCAUGUUUGACAGUGGGCCAUGUGCGACAUUGGUGGAAAGUCUCUGGCAGUAAUCUUUCGUGGAAGAAUAACGCUAACCUGGGAUAAAGCUACCUCUUGAAGGAUCUUGCUGUAUUUUCCUUGCUGUGUAUCACAAUGGAAGAUAUUGUAGCGAGUGUAGCGGAUCUCAAGUUUGAAAUUGAGAUGCAGCUUUACAACCAAGUUGGAGUUCAGCCUCUUCCGUUCCCAGGGAUGGACAAGUCUGGUGCUGCAGUUUGUGAAUUUUUCAUGAGGAACAUGUGUAAUCGAGGGGCAGUGUGUCCUUUUAGACAUACCAAAGGUGAAAAGACAGUUGUCUGCAAGCAUUGGCUGAGAGGGCUUUGUAAAAAGGGUGAUCAGUGCGAGUUUCUUCAUGAAUAUGACAUGACAAAAAUGCCUGAAUGUUACUUUUAUUCCAAGUUUGGCGAAUGCAGUAACAAGGAAUGCCAAUACCUUCAUAUUGAUCCAGAGUCUAAAAUAAAGGACUGUCCUUGGUAUGACAGAGGAUUCUGCAAGCAUGGUCCGAGCUGUAGGCAUCGACAUGUGAGGAGAGUGAUUUGCCUGAACUACAUGUGUGGGUUUUGUCCCGAAGGGCCGAAAUGUAAACAUAUGCAUCCCAGAUUUGAGCUACCUGUAAAAGAUGAAAGUAGUGAGAAAAAAGCCAUGAACAUUGUAUGUCAUUACUGUAAUCAACCUGGCCACAAAGCAUCCAGCUGUCCAACAAAUCCCCAAAAAGAAAACUUUAAGAAUCAACAAGUUAUGCAUCCAAACAUUAAUUUAAGUAUUGUUCCAGUGACAACAAAUGCACAUUUGGAUGCUGAUAGACCAACAAUGAGACGGCCGCUAGAAACAGUCACUUGUUUCAAGUGUGGUGACAAAGGGCACUAUGCAAACAAGUGUCCCAAAUCAAGAUCAGAGUUGAUUGGAUUAUGAGGCUAAGAAAGAUGAAGUUUUUUUUUAUAAAGAGACUCUUACCAGCUGCUCAUACAUACAGAAGUACUCAAACCAUGGAGGAACUGAUGGCUCAUUUUUACUCUUAAUUAAUGUGUACUUAUUGCUUGUCCUAGAUGUGCAAAUGUUAUAAUAGACAUCUCAUAGGGGUGACAUUUGCAUCUAAUCCUAUGGUCCUUCUUUUAGGUUUUCUUUAGGUUUACUAGGAAUGAUCCUUAAUUUUUGUUGCUCAUCAGCAUGUAAAAUUGUCUUACAUUGUGGCUCUGUGGAAUGUACAAAAUUAAUGCAUGUUUAAUAUACCAACUUAUGAGAUGUAGUUGGCAGAGCACCUGGGUAAUAUGAAGUAAAUCCUCUGUUCUGGUUGGCUACACACCCAUCUUGCCUGCUUGGGUUAGCCUUGUUCUCAUUUUGCAUUUUUAUGGAUAUCGACUUUGUCUUGGUCCAUAUAAAGGCAAAAAAGAACUUGGCCAAUAUCCAGCCAUUUUGACCUUGCUUGGUCAAUAACAUGUAUGUACGAAAAUGUGUUGAGAGGCAAUUUUCUAGGGCACAUCAGUCUAAUUCACAAAUUCGUGACAAAAUGUUUAGAAAAAGGUUAUUGUAAUAUUGUUCUUAGUUCUUUAAAAGGGUUUGCAAAAUCAUAGUGCCAUAAUGUAGAAUUUUUAAAAAAAAAUGUAUUUAUGAGGUGACCUGGUUGAUGUUAAAAUUGAAGAUCUCUGUAAGGAGGGCAACUGUGUAAAAAACUGUAUGCAAGAGCAGUGUUGUCAAUAAAUCAGUGAAAUCUCCCA